UCCACCAAACACAAUCUCCCAUCUAUGCUAUGUGAUCCAUACCCAAACCAACGAUUUUAUCGAUGGUGAUCCUGGCCUCGAGAACUGGCAAGAGUGUUCACUCUGACUGAACAGGAUGGAGAUAUGUCAUGACCAAUCUACGGACGCAGGAAACUGGAGUGAGUUGCCAGAGGUAUCCCUGAGGCAGGUGUUCCGAUGGCUUGGGGAUCAAGACAGGGUCCGGGCAGCACUGGUAUGCAAAUGCUGGAACCACGUGAUGCAUUCACCUGCUUUGUGGAGAUCCAGAACGUUCACCUUCUGCGGGAGGCCGUCUAAGUACCGUCGGGCUGAGUACGAGUCAGCCAUCUGGUACGCCAAGAAGUUCGGCAGAUAUCUGGUAAACUGCGAGAUUAAAUUCAUGAAUCCGUACAACUCUCUUCUGACACGGAGAUUCCAAAUAACAAUGAGGAGUUUCCUGGCGCGUUUGGGAAAUGAAAAUAACAGAUUAAAGUCAUUCACCAUCCAACAUUUAGAAUUGGACCGUCUUGUGUGGAGUUCGUCCGUUAGGAAUGCCUUCCUAAAGAGUCUGAACUUCUUCCUCCGACGUGAGUGCAGACAUCUUCAGUCCUUCAACCUGAGGGGGGCACGGUUAGGCAUAGAACAGGGCUUUUCCAUCUUAAACUCGCUGAUCCACCAGAGGAACAGGAGCUCCAUCGCUGAACUCAACAUCGAAGAUUUCUUCAGCCAUCACCUAGCCAUCUACGCCAACCCCACCUUCCCUAAGAUUAUUCGCAGCUUCUGCAAUCUGAGCAGCCUUUCGAUCAACUACAACUGCAUCUCUGAUGACCUCCUGGACACCCUGUGUGAAAGCUGCUACCAGACCCUCAGGACCAUGAACAUUAAAUGCCAUAUCCACGAUCCUCACAAUCAGGUUGUGUGGGGGCUUUCCUGGUCCAAACUCGCUAAGCGGGCUAUCAAUCUGAAGGUCAACUUUUAUUUUGAGCUUGUGAUGAAGAAUGAUCGCCUGACUCGGAUUUUGGUGCCAGAGAUCCCAGUGAGGAGUUUAAAUUUUAGGAGCUGUUACUUCAGUGAUCCCGACUGGACAAUGAAACCCACCCUGACUGAUCUAAUUCCACAUUACAAGAAUACACUACAGAAAUUGACAUUGGAAUUUAAUAAUAGUCAUGAACGGAUAGAUGAUGAAUUACUGCAGCUGGUGUUAAUAUGUGAACGGCUGCACUACAUGAAGGUUUGGGCUUUCCUCAGCAUUAAGUUCAUUGAGACAAUGCUACAGUACCGUCAGGAGGGAAAAUCCAACUUCCGCACCCUUAAGGUGAGAAUCUACAUGCACAAGUAUGAAACAAAUGAAGAGGAUAAACUGCUGCGUAACUUGUACAUGAAGUACCGAGAUCUAAUUGACACAGAACUCAAUUAUUUUGUAAUUACUUACCCCUUGAUGUAAAGGACAGCUCCACUGAAUGGACAACCCAACUAAGCUACAUUUAAGCAGUUAAAGAAUCAAUAAGUGUAUUUGUCUGCCAGUCAAAUAAAGCCUUCCGAAAAAAAAGACAUUAUCAGAGGUACACAAUGCGUAGGAAUAACUGGGAAUUAUCUCCUACCAUUUAAAACACUUGUGUAGCUCCUGACUAUUUCAGUUCUUAUUCCUAACAUGAGAAGCCAGUUGGAACCUAAGACACAAAUUCACUGGCUGUAGAAAAUGACUGGGGAUCUGUAAUUCAUGUUUGAAGUGGUACAGGGACAUUAUACAAUUGCAGAAUUGUACCAGAACAAGCUGCAGAUUUCACUUUUGGCAAUUCCAGUCUAUGAAACACAAGCUUAUCUUGUGUAUUAUCGACCUGUGUGUUGCUAUUAGCCAGUAGACAACCAAGGCAUUUUUAAUGUAUUAGUGCUAUAAAUAUUUAAAAUGAUUUUCAUUCAAGACUUUUGGAUGUACCAGAUCUGCUGAUUAGAAGAGGUGUAAGCAAAUGCAAUUGGUUAAG